CGGAAGCGCCUCUAGGGUCUACGCUCGGGAGUCCUGGGCUCGCUGAGGGGCCACCGGGGCACAGUAGAGGGCCGCCGGGGCUUGGACCGGCAGCGCUCGGGUGUCAGAGCUGUGGAUCUGAGGGAUGAGGAGGGGCCAUGGCCAGCGACGGGGUCAGGAAGCAGUUCUGGAAGCGCAGCAACAGCAAGGUCCCGGGCAGCAUCCAGCAUGUGUAUGGAGCCCAGCACCCACCUUUUGAUCCGCUGUUACACGGCACCUUGCUCAAGUCCUCGCCCAAGGUGCCCACCACCCCAGUGAAGGCCAAGAGGGUCAGCACCUUCCAGGAGUUUGAGAGUAAUACCAGUGACGCUUGGGAUGCGGGCGAAGAUGAUGAUGAACUCCUGGCCAUGGCGACAGAGAGCCUGAACUCUGAGGUGGUCAUGGAGACUGCUCACCGUGUCCUGCGCAACCACAGCCAGAGGCAGAGCCAGCCCGCACAGAAGGAGAUGCCAGAGCCAGAGCCUCAGCCCAUAGCAGAGCCUCCUGUCGCUCCGAGUGGUGACCUGCGCCUGGUGAAGUCUGUCAGUGAGAGCCACACUCCUUGUCCUUCAGAAAGCACCAGCGAUUCGGUCCCUCUACAACGGUCCCAGUCUCUCCCCCACUCGGCGACUGUUUCACUGAGUGGGACAUCUGACCCGCAUGCCCUUGGUAGCUCAGCCCUGAGUAAGAGAGAGGCCUCUCGGCUGGACAAGUUCAACCAGCUGCUUGCCGGGCCCAACACAGACCUCGAGGAAUUACGGAAGCUGAGCUGGUCCGGAAUCCCAAAGCCAGUUCGUCCAAUGACAUGGAAGCUUCUCUCAGGUUACCUUCCUGCCAACGUUGACCGGAGACCAGCCACACUGCAGAGAAAGCAGAAGGAAUACUUUGCAUUCAUUGAGCAUUAUUACAACUCAAGGAAUGAUGAAGUUCACCAGGACACAUAUCGUCAGCUGGGAAAGGUGAGCUGUGACGGCUCCAACAGUAUCAGCUCGCUGAUUCCUUAUGAGACUGCCUUCCGUUCUACUCUGGGCCUUCUGCAGAGGAGGAAGAGUGGCCCAGCUCCCCGUGUGCCCUACCAAGAGGAUGUGGAUGAGGUCGACGUCUCCAGUGUGCCUGAAGAGGUGCUUCGCAACAUUGAGGCUGACACGUACUGGUGCAUGAGCAAGCUGCUGGAUGGCAUUCAGGGCCAGCCCAUCAUAACCUCCUAUGGGCCUGACUGCCUCCCAGCCACAGCAGCCUGGCUAAAGCGAGUCCACCGCCAUCUGGAUGGGCACGAAGUACAAUACCUGCAGUUUGCCUUCCGCUGGAUGAACAACCUACUGAUGAGGGAACUUCCCCUGCGCUGCACCAUCCGCCUGUGGGACACCUACCAGUCUGAACCAGAGGGCUUUUCUCAUUUCCACUUGUAUGUUUGUGCUGCUUUCCUCGUGAGAUGGAGGAGAGAAAUUCUAGAAGAAAGAGAUUUCCAAGAGUUGCUGCUCUUCCUCCAGAACCUGCCUACUGCCCGCUGGGAUGACCAGGACGUCAGCCUGCUGCUGGCCGAGGCCUAUCGCCUCAAGUUUGCCUUCGCAGAUGCCCCCAAUCACUACAAAAAGUGAGCCUGGGGCCCAUGGCAGUGGCCUCACCCUGAGGGUAGCAUCCCUCCCCUGCCUGGAUGGAUGCUGGCCUCUGGAUUGGUUCUUUCCUUGUGUGGCCUAGCAGAAUGGGCCUCGGCAUGGUCCAGAGCUGGCAGGACAGUCAGCCUCGGUUUGAUGAGAUACCAAAGAGAGCCCAGGAGAGAAUCCUAGCUUCAGAAGCUCAGUGUGGCCAGGAGUGUCCCUCACCCUGGCCCUUCCUUGCCAAAUGCCCACUCUUGGGCCCCCAGCCCAGACAGCCAAGAGGAAGUUUCCCUCAGUGAGGCCUGCUGUGUGGGUGCCAGGCAGAGGUGGACAGCCAUCUCAGGCCUGCUCUGAAAUGCACAAAUCUAUUCUGUCAAGUGAAAGAAUAAAGUCCAGGCAAAAUGCUGAGCACUACUGGGGCUAAGCUAGGGCUUCUGCACAUAGAGCCUCUAAUGGCCGCCAUGUUUAGACUUGGGUAAACAGGGCUGGAUCUUCAGUCCUGGAAGGAUGUGGGGACAAAAAGAAGCCAGGGCAGGCUGAGACCUCUCACAGCCACCUUACAUUUUGUCUUUAAUUACCCCACUACUUGUCCUUCCUGGGAGGGGGCCAAAGAACCCCCAGGCAGGCAGGAAUUAUCGUCAGUCAGGGCCUAGAGAGUGUCUCACAGGCCCAUAUUUGGCCCUGACAGGCCAGAAAUAAAUGGUUCUGAGUCCCAGCCUCGUGCAGGGAGGUUCGUCCCACCAUCACUUGGAUAGGAAUAGCCAGGAGCUGCUGGGCUGGGGCCCCUUCAUGCCCUGCUGCCCUUUCCAGGUCCACUGGUUUGGAGCCGUUGUUCCAGCUGCUUCAGGGCCCUCAGAAUGGCUUCCCACAUGUGCCCCCAGGUAUGCCCCAAGCUGCCCGGCCUCUGGGAUGUGGGAUCCCCAAGGACCCCCAGGCCACCGAUAGGGCAAGAGCUUCCGACUCCUAGGGCAGGUUCCUGUCCUCAGUUACCCACUGCAGCCCACUCUCCGACCUGCCCCUCCUUCAGGAGCAGCGCACCACUGCCCAGGCACUGGGACACUGCCCAGGGGCUGCAGGGAAAGACACAGGGAAAAUGUGUGUCUGUUUGUAUUCAAGUCAUCCUGGGUCAGAUAGGGCAUGACAUCAACAGAGUGCUGUGCAGUCAGUCCAUGUCCUGGAUCAGCUGGGGGACAUGCUCCCUCAGACUAGUGCCUGUCUUGGGUGAGGGGCACCCAGGUAUGAGGAAAGCUGCCUCUGUGGCUCUGUGAGGAGGCGCCAUCUUUUCUGACUCUUCCAUGGUGCAGAUCAUCCCUCAAACAAAAGGGUUAGGGCCAUACAAAUCUGCCCCAUGGUGGUUUUUUUUUUUUAAUGAGAUGACAAGGACCCAUGAGGUUACCUUAAGCCCUGAAUGUAUUUUCAUGUGUGCAAAUGCUUGACUGGGUGUAAGGGAUGCUGGCAACAGUCGUGCAUCUCAGCCCGCGAGCUGAGCCAGGCAGGACAUGUGCUUUGAAUGUGAUGUGUUGGAAACACAAAAUAAAGAUGCUUCAUAUGGCUCGUGGUUUUUA